GUGCCAUCCUCCAUCUGUACAAUAUUAAGGGUCCAACGGAGUGUCUGAACUCUCUGCACCACUAUGAUAUGCUUCGCAGCAUAGCGUAACCAAUCCUGCCUUUCACGUCAGUCUACCACCUCCCGCGCCGGAUACUGCGGACCAAAGGAAGAUGCUGCAGCAGCGGUAGCCUUGAUGCGGGCCGGGUGGCCAUUGCGAUCUCACAGGCUGUACGAUACUCUUGGUGGAACAGGCAGGAUAGCGCUAUGGAGGCGCAGACGACGGGCGGGAAGCCUACGUGGGACGAAGUGCGGGACAAGGAUGGCGGCAUGGACAACCCUAACGAUGUCUUGGGCAUUGACGCUGGAAAGGCAAGCCAGGCGAACCCACCUGAAUCUGCUGGGAGCCGGUACGCAACGCGACCUGACGAGAUAGGCGAUCGCACUCGCAUUCAUCUGCUCGGCACUGGCGCAAUCGGCAAGCUUGUCGCCCAUUCCUUGCGUGGCGUUCCGAAUCCGCCACCUAUCACUCUUAUUCUUCAUCGGUACCGUUUGCUCGAAGCGUGGCAGAAGGGCAAGAAGGUCAUCACGAUCCAGGAUGGUAACGACGAGAAUAUCAAAGUCGCCAGAGGCGGCUUCGAUGUUGAGCUUAUGGCUGAGGUACGACAGCAGCAUGGCGUGACCCUUUCGAAGACUAGCCCUGAUGUCUAUGAUUUGGCCGGUGAGGAAGGCAGACCACACGAAGUAGCCGAGCAGAUGAAAGCUUUGCAGCAGCAGGAAGCUGAGGAGCGGGUUGCAAGUCAAGCCGGCUUGAAAGAUCCGCGGACUACUGCGCCAGAUGCCAGAAACCCCUCAGAAAGGACUUCCUCAACGCCUGCCAAACCGCACAGAUAUUACCAAAGAUACCCCCAAGCCGCCCGCGCCAUCUCCUCCUCCGCAAUCGACAACCUUAUCGUCACGGUCAAGGCGCCUCAAACCAUAGCCGCUCUCUCCGCCAUCGCUCACCGCUUGAAUCAAACUAGUACGAUCUGCUUCCUCCAAAAUGGCUUAGGCAUCGUCGACGAAAUGAACGACAAGCUGUUCCCAGAUAUCGCCACCCGCCCAAACUACAUCCAAGGCGUCAUCACUCACGGGGCAAAUACGCCACCUCACAUUGCCGAUCGCGAUCCCUUCUUCGCUAUCCAUGCUGGACACGGUACUAUUGCGUUGAGCCCGUUACCAAAGGCAGGAUUCCAGCAGUCAUCCACACCUUCAGAAGGCAAGAACUGGGGUGCUGAGCUGUCACCAACCACACGCUAUCUCAUGCGAGCCUUGACCCGAACGCCAGUGCUUUGUGCCGUCGGUUUUACUCCCACGGAGUUAUUGCAGCAACAACUUGAAAAGCUGGCGGUCAACAGCGUGCUAAAUCCGCUUACUGCGGUGCUAGAUGCCCGCAAUGGUAGCCUGCUUUACAAUCUCGCCUUGACCCGGACGAUGCGGAUGUUGCUCGCUGAAACUAGCCUGGUCAUGCGAAGUCUUCCGGAGCUGCAGAACAUCCCCAACGUCAAUCAGCGCUUCAGCGCCGAGAGGCUGGAGCACUUGGUCGUGGGUGUGGCGAACAGGACGCAAGACAAUAUCUCGUCUAUGCUUGCGGAUGUGAGGGCGGGGAGACGAACGGAGAUUGAUUACAUUAAUGGAUAUAUCGUGCGACGCGGGGAGGAGCUGGGAAUUAAGUGUGUAGUUAACUAUGCGAUCAUGCAGACUGUCCUUGGGAAGGCGUUGAUGACGAAUAGGGAGGCGCGGGAUGCUGUGCCGAUGGAGAGGGAUCUGAAUGCUGAGACUUGAGUGCUAGGUUGUAUUGACCGACAAACAGCUCGUUCACGCGUUGCUCAAGGCAUGUAGUAUCCGUGGACUUUGCUGGCCGCACUGUCGACUAUGUAUUUAUAGCAGUACACACAAGCUUCUGGACGCGGCAUUGCCGACAGUAGUCAAGGAGCUAUGCGAUUGCCUUUCUGGUCACCUCGCUUAUUACACUUAGCUACAAGGUCCUCCCACCGAUGGCCUUUUACUGAGGUGAAAAUUGCUCGUGGUCCGGAAAUGUAGUGCCAUUGCCGAAUGCCUGGACGCCGCAGGGUCGACUGGCUGAAGGUUACAAGAAAGGUCCGCAAUGCCUAGUAACGCAAGGGGCGUGCACGAACCCUGCGAGCUUCGACUUUGCCACCUAUUCUUCUCGCUGCAUCUCCUCC